AUGACUUCCGUUGCUAGUCUCCCAGGACCGGCCCUUCAGGCCUCAAAAGCUGCACUCAACGCUGCUCUUGCAACGAACCAGGUGAAGGAAAAGGAAAAGGAGAGCAAUGGGAAAGCGGAAGAAGGUGACAGCCUUGAACCCGGCGAGAUUCAGGAGGUGGACAUGCAGGCGCAGGCAGAGCAGAUUCGCACCGUCUUCAACGACCCGAUGAACUUCAAUGUCAAGCAUCCUCUGUAUUCGCCUUGGACGCUCUGGUUUGACUCUCCCAUGACAAAGGGACGGAACCUCCCGCAGACGCCCAUGUCCUCGUUUCCGCAAACACCAAUUCCACAGACACCCGGCGGGAUUGCGACCAUGGGCACGGCUACGGGGUGGAUGGAGGAUAUCAAGCGGGUAAUUAGCUUCGAUAGCGUAGAGGAAUUCUGGGGUAUGUACAAUAACAUCGUGCCGCCAUCUCAUCUGCCACAGAAGGCAAACUACUAUCUGUUCAAAGAGGGUAUUAUUCCCGCAUGGGAGGACGAGGCGAACAAGAAUGGAGGCAAGUGGAGCAUUCAGCUCCCACGGGAGAAGAAUCGCAGCAGAGUGGACGAGAUGUGGCUUUACACAAUGUUGGCAGCCAUUGGCGAGACCUUCGACCCGUUGCUGGUGAACACAGAGUCCUCUGAGUCACCACCGGAGUCUCUUAUCACUGGCGUGAUUGUCUCGACGCGCCCGCAGUUCUACCGGUUGUCAAUCUGGACACGGACCGCGCCAUCGCUGACUCCAGGGGAGGACGACGAGCUGCGAGAGCGGAUCGAGGGGAUCGGGCGACACUUCAAGACGAACGUGCUGGGAUACUCGGACUCGCAGAAGUUGGCGGGACCGCUGGCGACGGAGGUGGAAUUCCUCUCGCACAAAGACUCGGAGAAAAAAGGAAAACAAGCGAAGAAGAUCACUGUUUGA